AUGGAUCAGGACGGUGCACGAUGUAACUUGGAAGCGAAGAGCAUUGGUGAUAUUAAGCACUUGAUGUUAAGUGCAAACCUGAGGGGCUUUGACUUGCCGUACUUUCUCCGGUUGGACGAUCGUGUGGGGCCAGAGAAAUUCACACCCCGGGCUCAACAUCACGAGAGCGAGUUUGAGACGACAAAGGCCAAUGUCACUCCUGCUCAUGUGGACAGUGCGGGCGUCGGUCUCAUCCUUUGGAACCUGCAGAGAGGGUUGAACACCUUUGUGUAG